AUUGAACGCGACCUCAACGAUUCACAGCCUUAGCCGUCACACUUAAAAAAAUCUAUCUACACUCUCUCUCCUCUUUAACAACCAGCUCUUGAUUUCAUCUGAUUUUUUUCCCUCACGGGGGAAAUGAAAGGGAAUCCAUUCAUCUCCACCGUCCAAUUCAAUCCAACGCCUUCAAAUAUCAUUAGCGGGUCCCAUUUCACGUGACAUACGCAUCAUUGAACCCAAAUAUAGUAAACUCUCUUGAUCAAUAAUCAACGGUCAAGAUCAACUUCUAUCUUCUUCUAUAAAACUCAAUCACCAAAUGAGUCUUCUCUAACCUUUUUCCAGUGUUCUCCAAAUUUUCUCAGAUUUUUAGGGUUUCAUACAAAACCAGAUUAAUCAUCAUCACCAUAACCAAAUUUGCAACAAUGCUUCUAAGAAGUUCUUCCACGCCGGUUAUGAAUCCAUGGAUUCCUCAUUCAAACUCAAAGGAUUCAUCUCCGGAACCGGAAAUCUUUCACCGAAUUCCGAAAUCCAGAUCUAUUACACUCUCAGCUUCAUCUUCUUCGUCGAGUUCACUUUCGCCGGUUGCAGGUUCAGUCAACAAACUGACUCGAGCACUAUCAGAAACCGAUCUAUCUUCACCGCUCAACAAGAAACCAUUCCACCGCGAAGACGAAGAAGAGAACAGAACCGGAAGCUUCGGUGCUCGUUCAAGAACGGCGUCGUUUAGUUCCGCGUUAUGUUCUCUCUCCGAAUUGGAAGAAGAACAGAGUGGAGUCAACACCAGAGAAGCUGCUUCGACGCGUGUUUUGGUUGAAGAAGGCGGUAACGGUGGAUUUGACAAAAACGACGGUGGAAUUUCCAGAUUCGGUGAUUCAAAUCACGGAAACGAUAGUACGGAUUUAUAUUACCGUACAAUGAUCGAAGCUAAUCCUGAGAAUCCACUUUUUCUUGGCAACUACGCAAAGUACUUGAAAGAGGUUCGUAAGGACUAUGUGAAAGCUGAAGAGUAUUGUGGAAGAGCGAUUUUGGCGAAUCCAAAUGAUGGUAACGUUCUAUCACUUUACGCAGAUUUGAUAUGGGAGUGUCAUAAGGAUGCAUCUCGUGCUGAGACUUAUUUUGAUCAAGCAGUUAAAGCAGCUCCUGAUGACUGUUAUGUUUUAGCAUCAUAUGCACAUUUUCUUUGGGAUGCUGAUGAAGAAGAUGAAGUUGAAGAAGAAUCUGAAAAAUCUUUUGGUUUCUUUAAUGGAGUUGUUACACCACAUACUAUGCCGUUAGCUGCUGCUUCUUGAAUUGGGGUUCUGUGGUGGUUUCUGGGUUUAGCCUUGCGAGUUUCUAACCUGUUUAUAUUAAUUAUGAUUAUCUUAAUUAACCUUUUGUUGUAUUAAAGUUUUGGCCGUGAAAAUAGAUGUAAUAAUGGUCUUUGUUCUGCUUUGUCAUCAUCAAUGUUGAAUCGUAUAUACGGGAAUAAAAGAAGGUGGCUUUCUCGUUUUCUUUUGAUUUGA